AUGGCGGCCACAAAGGACAAGACCACCGCUGGCCGUGCCAAGCGCGAGCUCAACAGCGCCAUUGAGCCGCCAGCUAAAAAAGUGAAGCUGCUCGACAACACCGACGACGAAGGCUCCGACAGCGACGACGGCCAGGCAUCGCUCAAGAUUAACGAAGACUAUGCGCGCCGAUUCGAGCACAACAAGAAGCGCGCCGAGCAGUUCAGACUUGAGGAAAAGUACGGCAAAGACAAGGCCUUCGCCAACGGCGACGAUGACGAGUCGGAAGACUCUGAGGAGGGUGUAGAAGAAGACGAUACAGCUGAUCUGCUCGACGAAGACCUCGAUGAACAAGUCAAUGCCACUCUCCAGGCUCUGCGCGCAAAAGACCCCCGCAUUUACAACAAGGAAGUCAAGUUCUACCGCGAUCCCGAAGAGGGCAACGAUGGCGCAGAAGACAAGGAAAAAGAAAAACCAAUGACACUCAGAGACUACCAUACUAAGAACCUCCUCGAGGGCAAACUCACGGUUGAUGAAGAGGAGGAUGCGCCACCAAAGACAUAUGCGCAAGAGCAGGAAGAGGCCCGCCAGGACCUCGUCAAGGCUCUAGAUGCUGCUGCUGAUGGUGAAGACGACGAUGACUUUAUUGUCGCCAAGGAGAAGCCCGAGAAGCCCAAGGACGACCGACCCAAGAUUACAGCAGAGGAUGUUGAGAAGGCCGACCAAGACCCAGAAACCUUCCUGUCUAACUUCAUGGCUUCCCGCGCCUGGGUGCCCACCAAGUCUGCCCGUUUCCAACCGCUCGAGUCAGAUGACGAAGAUGAGGACGCCGCUGCCGACGAAUGGGAGAACUCGUACAACCUAUACUUUGAGGACACUACCGGUGCGAACGAGAAGAUUAUGACAUAUGCUCGUGACGCUGUAGCAAGCACUACAGUGCGUCGAGACGAAAAGAGCGGCCGAAGAAAGGCUCGCGAGGCUGCGCGGGCUAAGCGCGAGGCUGAGAAGAGGGAGAAGGAGCAGGAGCUUGCACGAUUGCGCAAGCUCAAGGUUGAAGAGAUGGAGAAUAAGGUCAAGCAGAUUCGCAAGAUAGGAGGACUGAGCGGCAGAGAUUUCAAUAUCGAUGAGUGGAAAGACGUGCUAGAGGCAGACUGGUCAGAUGAGCAGUGGGAUGCCGAGAUGCAGAAGCGCUUUGGAGAUGCCUACUACGGAGAAGAAGAAGAUGGCAAGAAGAGCAAGAAGCCAAAGAAGCCCAAGUUUGACGACGACAUUGACAUCAAGGACCUGGUCCCUGACUUCAAGGAUGACGAGGAAGAAGAGCGACCGAACCUAUCCUCCGACGAUGAAAUGCCCGACGCUGGCGCCGAUGAAGAAGACGACGACGAAGAUGAUGACGAUGUAGAAGACCCAACAACCGGCACCUCCACCAAGAAAUCCUCCAAGAAACUCAAGCAAGAGCGUGCAGAAGCAAAAUCAACAGCGCGCCGCGACCGCCGCCUAAUCGAGAACCUCGUCAACCAAAACCUCGAAUACGAAGCCGCCCUCGCCGCCAAACCCUCCAAAGCAGCCUCCCGCUUUCGCUACCGCGAAACAUCACCUACAUCCUUUGGCCUCACCGCCCGCGACAUCCUCCUCGCCGACGAUAAAGCCCUCAACGAAUUUGCGGGCCUCAAGAAACUAGCCACCUUCCGUGACCCGGUCAAGAAAAAGAAGGACAAGAAGUUCUUGAGCAAGAAGGCGAGGAUUAGGCAGUGGCGCAAGGAUACGUUUGGUGAUGCUGAGGGACCGAAAGGUGGGUUUGAGACGCUUGUUGGUGAGGAGACUGCGGCGCCGAAUGGCGAUGGUGAGGUCAAGCAGGAGAAGAAGAAGAAGGAAGAGAGUGAGGGGAAUAUUGUGGAAGGGGAGAAGAAAAAGAAGAAGAGGAGUCGUAAGAGGAAGCUUGCUCCGGUUGAGCUUUAG